UCUAGGAAAGAUGGCGGCGCGCGGGGGUUGGGAGCGAUCUGUGGGGGGAGGAAGCAGUCGUUGCAGUGGUGGCGGGGAAAGCAGCGCGCGGCUGGACUCGGACCUUUUGCUGCACCCGGAGCUGCUCUCGCAGGAGUUCUUGCUGCUGACGCUGGAGCAGAAGAAUAUUCCAGUUGAAGAUGAGAUGAAGAUCAGUAAAGAUGGCCUUACUGAUCUCUAUGUUCAACAUGUGAUACCACUGCCACAGCGUAAUUUGCCAAAAACUAGAUGGGGCAAAUUGAUGGAAAAGAAAAGAGGUCAGCAGGUGGUGAAACAUGAUGUCAGAAGCAUUGCUGCUGUGGAAAACCUAAGAAAACGGCCUCUCAUUGUGUUUGAUGGUAGUUCAACAAGUACAAGUAUAAAAGUGAGGAAGACAGAGAAUGGAGCUGUUGAUCGCCUAAACCUACCUGCAACUGGGAGUACCAGUAGUACUUGUAGGAGACUGUCUGUUCCUUCAGAUUCUUCAACAUGCAUAUCUGCCUCCGCUUUAUCACAGGACAUAAAAGUUGAAUCCAGAAUCAAUGAGGCUAAACAGAACAAUAUUAUAAUUAAUAAUAAUAUGACGUCUAAUCAAAAGUUGCCACCAUUGGUGUCUGUAGCAGGAGCAGCUGUUGUGAAAUUAAAGAGAGCUGCUCCAAAAGAAGAAUCAGAUGCAGCAAAUGGUCUAAAGCCUACUGAAGCAAAAAAGAAGAUCCAGCAUGUAACAUGGCCAUGAACUCACAAGGUGCUGGAAAUGUAGAUAAUGUUUAGCCUCCAAUUCAGAACAAGGUUGUAUUGAACAGGAUUGCAAAUUGCAGUGGAUUCUUCAUAAUGUUAACAGCUUCACACUGUAAAGCAGAAACCAUAUUCUCACCCAUCACCUUAAAACCAUAAUCUCUAUUGCACUCUAUAAAGUUAUCUGCAUCUCCAUUUAAUGUUUGGCUUUGGUGGAACAAGAUGUUUCUGCCAAUCCCUCUAUGGAAUUUUCAGAGGGAAUUUUCAGUAUUUCAGCCCUUGCAUGACCUGAUAGGGAAAAUCGGUGUUAAUUUAUACUAUUCAUCUUCAGCUGUAAAACAAUAUUGACUUCUUGAGGUAAAUUCAAAUCCCUGUGUAUUUAGGGGGUGUGGAGUGGUUUCCACAGUCUGCUGGAUUUCACAUAGUGAUUAAAUGGAUUUACACAAAGCAGUUCUGUUGACAGGGCUAGAAAAAUAUUUCAGUUCCUUGGGUGCUGAUAUCAGAUGCUUAGCUGACAUCUUGGACUUUUUCAACAUUGCUUUUAACUGUCUUGCAACAAAGCUUGAAGAAGUCCUAGCUGUCGUCUACCUCUUACAGAUGCAGAGGAAGGUCAGCUAACUGGGUAAUGUCUUUGCUUCAAAUUGAAGUUUCUGUUAUCAUUUCUGUUGUCUUUGGAGACACGUAGAUGGAAACAUAAUAGACUAUAUGCAGAAAGUGCUUCUGAGAAAAAAGUAUUGCAUGAAUUAGUGCUGUGCUUUUAUACAGUACAUACUAUACAUAUGUUAUUUUACACAGCACAUGUAUAAAUGUGGAAGACCUUAUUUGCUUGCAUACAAAAUGCCUGCUAAAAUUCAGGAGAUAUCCAACACUUACUCCACUGAUUUAAUCUGUUUGAAAAGAGUGAGCAAACUCAUUGUACUGAGAACAAAUAGUGAAGGUUUGCAGCAACAUCAACAAAAAAUACACCGUCUCCUCCUUGUCUGAAUAAAUGUGAUGGUUUUUCUAGGAGCCACAUGGAUUUUCCUUUGUGUGACAUAAAACCAAUCGAAGCAACUUGUAAAUGUUAGAAUCAUGUUACCAUGCACAAAAUAACCCUAUGCCCUGUGCAUAAUGGAAGUUUCUUUAUUCAAAUGUAGUCUCUUGGUAGAACAUUUGUGACCAUUUAUUAAGUUAGUUUCAAACUUGAAAGGUUUAAAAUCUGUUCACAACUUUUAAAAUGAAAUAGAAUGAAAAUACGAAUAAGUCACUUUCCUGUAAGAACAAAUGGCAUAAUCCAACCUAAGUUGAGUCCAUUUUAAGUAUCAUUGAUUUCAGUGGAAUAGUUAAGUAUUUAGCUCUUUUUUUUUCUUAAUGAAAUGAAUGGGACUUAAGGUUAGAUCCAAACAACCACAAGCAGAAGAAAAUUUGCAGAAAGAAAUGUCCCCUCUGCAUUGCAGCCCUUUUGUCCCUCAAAAGCCAGUCCUAAGAUUUGGGAGAGUGGGGGCUUUUGAGAAAUGGAUGACACAUGGUGCAGGGAAAGAGGGAAUGCACUAUAGUUGGGCAGAAGCACCUAGCACAAGUGGUGUAGAAAGGUUCCCUUCUUUCCAUGAGCUUCCUUCUGCUCAUGGUUGUUUGACUCCAACCCACAGGGUAGCAUCAAGAAACCCACAGGGUAGCAUCAAGAAUGUCCCACUGGCACAGUGUUUGCCAGCACAUGGCAGCUUCUGGAUAUUCUCCCCUCCCGAUGUCCCAUGCCAUUGUCAUAGGUCCUCUGACCCUUAGCAAUGCCUUUUGGUGGUAAUUCAGGGAACUUCCACAGCAGAUCAUAGAACUGUGGACUUUUGGCAACAGCAAGGGUGCGGGGAAGGUAUUGAGGAAACUGCUAGUGGAGCAGUGUUUCUGCUAGCAGUUCCCCUCAUGGUUUUCAGGUUGUCCUCCCAUGCUACAUCCCAUAUGUUGCUGAAGGUCCCUCAACCCUCUCUACAAUAGCUUUUCAGGGGGCUGAGCGAGCUUCAAAGACAUGAGUAAGCUGCCUUGCACUGGCACACAUUGUGCGAGCAGUAUUCUGGACAGUGCCCAGUGUGCAACAUUCACUGCGUUAUGCCCAAAGACAUUUUUGAACACCUUGACAUAGAUUGUGUGUGUGCGAGUUUGCCUCUUCCUGGACACUUGUGCAAGUUUUGUACUUUAGUACAGCACAGUUUAAUAGUGUGUGUUUUGUAUUGGAACCGCUGUCUUUUUAGUAGUCUUCUCUGGUUUAAAUAAAUUGAAUUAAAACUGA